UGCCAGAAGGCUGGUGAGGGAGAGGCAGUGCAACGAGAUCUCUGUCCCGUCUGCAAGUUUUCCAGCUAAUGGCCUCUACUCUUUCUUUGCCCAAGCUCUUUUGGCCUCAUAUUUGCCAGCUCCUUUUCUCUCUGGUGUGGCUAAGGAGGGUUCCAGCUGCGGGUUUGUGAGCCAGGAAGAGGAGAAAGCAGUCUUUUGGGGAUUUUUUUUUUUUUUUACACAAAAAACUUUUGGGGGUCUUUAACAUGUCACCCUGAAGCGCGUUGCUGUGGGACCAGCUGGCGCUGAAGAGGAAGAAGAGGAGGAACAGCUACCCAGCAGCUCUGGUUUCAGACCUCUGCAGCACCCUUUGUGUAUGACAAUUCGUUCUGAGCGCAGGACGGCUGGGUAGGGUGGGGAGUGGGGAAGGAUGAGUGCAAGCAGCCUCUCUUGGGACCAGGCUGUUCUCCAGCCUCCAGUGUGCGAUGCCUGGAACGAGAUUAUGGAGGGAGCAGCCUACCAUCUGGCCAGCUGCAUUGUCCUCCUGGGUUACAUGGGGGGAAGUGGCAUCUUUGGGUCUCUCUAUAUCUUUGGCCUCUUGGCCCCAGGCUACUUCUGCUAUGCUCUGUGGGGCUGGCUGAGCGCCUGCGGGCUGGAUAUCUUCAUCUGGAACAUGCUGCUUGUCCUCGCCUGCUUGCUUCAGCUGGCUCACCUGGCUUACCGGCUGCGCAGAAACACCAUCCCGGAAGAGUUUGACCUUCUCUACAAGACCAUGUACCUGCCCUUGCAGGUGCCCCUGGGAGUCUACAAAGAAAUCGUGAAGUGCUGUGAAGAGCAAGUCCAGUCACUAGUCAGAGACCAGAAUUAUGCAGUGGAGGGCAAGACACCCAUCGACCGCCUCUCCCUGCUGCUGUCUGGCAGGAUUCGAGUGAGCCAGGAUGGACAAUUCCUUCACUACAUCUUUCCAUACCAGUUCCUGGACUCUCCAGAAUGGGAGUCGCUGCGACCCUCUGAGGAAGGAACCUUCCAGGUCACACUGACAGCCGAGACUGACUGCAGCUUCAUCACCUGGCCGAGGAAGAAGCUGUAUCUCCUCCUGAGGAAGGACCGCUAUGUUGCUCGGCUUUUCUCCUCCCACCUGGGCUACGACAUCUCGGAGAAGCUCUACUCCAUCAAUGAGAAGCUCUUCACCAAGUUUGGCCUUCGCUUCGACAUCCGCUUGCCCAGCCUCUACCACGUCCUCGGGCCAGCCUCCUCUGACGGGGAACCAGAGGACUGCGAGGAGCCACCACCUGCCUCUGGCCAGGCUGGCACUUCCGAGCCCCCUCCACAGCCACCACCACCGCCACCGCCGGCUCCACGCUCCCGGUCAUCCCGUCCUGACAGUGACCUGCUGGGUGAGGACUCCACCAGUCUUGUCUUGGAAGAUUUUGCUGAGUUGCCGGGGUCUUUUAUGGACUAUGUGAGCGAAGGGGAGUAUAUGAAGUGAGGGCACUCCUGGCACGGGCACACCUCACCCUGUGUGGGACCCCUGCCCUCUGGAAACCAUCUCCAGAAUUCUCCUCACCCUCUCUGCAAAGGACGAGCCCCUCUGGCUCCCACUCAGACCCCAGAACUCUAGGGAACAAC